AUGAGGAAAGAAACGAAAGUACGUUACAAGGAAGCUAAUUCAUCUUUACAAAUUCAAAUUUUACUCAUAUUAACGAUCUUUUUUGCAUUCAUCAUUCUGCUCUUGACUUUUCUGAUUUUUUCAUCCAAGCAACGUUUCGAACUACAAACUACUGUGCAUCAGCGUAGCUCCACAAACAAUACUUCGAUCAUUAAUUCUCAGCAAUAUCUCAGGCUGCCUACCACGAUUUAUCCAUUACAUUACGACCUCAAACUACAAAUAUAUCUUCCCUAUCGGGAAGGUUUAAAUUUUAAUGAACGGAAUUUCAGCAUUCAUGCAGAUGUAGCAAUUCGUGUUAUCUGUUUGCAUGCAACUGAUCGAAUCAUUUUGAAUGCUAAAAGUUUGAAGUUUGACGAAAGUGAUGUAGAAGUUCAAAACAGUUAUAACGAAUCGAUGCCGUUGAUCAGCAUAAAUCGGUAUCAACAUGAAGUGAAUAAUAUCCAUGUUGUUGAGAUAGUACUGAUGCAGGAACUUGAUUCUGGACACGAUUAUAUGAUUUAUAUCAGAUACCAGGGCAUUAUCAAUGAUGUUUGGUCUGGUGGUUUUUACAAGACUCAAUACAAUAUCAAUGGAGAAACAAGGUUGUUGGCACUUACACAACUACAGCCAACCGAUGCAAGUCGUUUAUUCCCGUGUUUCGAUGAGCCGGAAAUGAAAGCAACAUUCAAGAUUAGUAUAAUCCAUCCUAUGGGUACGUCGGCUGUCUCCAAUUCACCAGUCCGUCACUUUCGUCAUCUCAAUUCAAAAUGGAGUAAGACAGAAUUUGGAGUGACACCUACCAUGUCAACCUAUUUGCUAGCAAUAGCUGUCAGUGAUUUUGUUUUCAAGUUUCGUCAUUGCGGAAAGAUUGAAAUUCGUGUUUGGUGCCAAUCGGCAAUGGUAUAUGAUAUCGAUUAUGCGCUUCGUAUUACAUGCCGAUUGUUAAUUUAUUAUGAAAAUUUCUUCUCCAUUCCAUAUCCACUCAAAAAACUUGAUAUUUUCACAGUGCCCGAAUUACGUGUUUUGGCGAUGGAAAAUUGGGGCUUAAUUACCGUACGCCAAAAGUUGGUGCUUUAUAAUCAACGCCUGAAUAGUUUACGUGAGAGGAGAGUUGUGACAGAUGUCAUUGCGCAUGAGGUUGCACAUAUGUGGUUUGGAAAUUUGGCGACAAUGCGUUGGUGGAAUGAUCUAUGGUUGAACGAAGGUUUCGCAACGAUGAUGGGUCAAAAAGCAGCUGAUUUUGUUGAAAAUACAACAUUAAGAAUGUCACAAUGUUUUGCGGCUGAUAUUACUCUAAAAGCGUUGUCAAGUGACCAACAUACGACAAUGACACAACCAAUAAGUUUAAAGGAAAAUAGUGAUCGUAUACAUGGUCAGGAUAUCAAAAUAAUCUAUAAUAAGGGAGCAGCAGUAAUCCGUAUGGUGGAAUCAACAAUUGGUAAAGAAGUUUUUCGACAAGGACUGAAUCUCUAUCUAGUAGAAUUUGCUUAUGCAAACGCUGAAAAGAGCGACCUUUUGAGCAGUUUUUCGAAAAUUUUCAAGGCAAUUGAUCAUCAUCAUGAUCCUUUCUUUGGGACUAAUUUUUCGGUCUAUGAUUAUAUUGAUUCCUGGAUUUACCAACGAGGAUUUCCAUUAUUGAAGGUUCAACAAGUUGGUGAUUAUAUUGAAAUCAGUCAACAAAUAUUUGAUUUUGAUAAUAAUAGUGAAUUUGCUAAUACGCAAUGGAAAGUGCCGAUAUUUACACGGGGAAAUGAGCAGGAUGAAGUUCACUGGUUAGAAGAGGGUAAAAAAUUGAAGCUAUUGCAUGGAUCACGUACAUUUGUGCUAGAUCCGAACUUUCAUGGUUAUUAUCGCAUCCAAUAUGAACUUGAGUACUGGAAGCUUCUCAUUGAUCAUUUACUAUACAGGCAUAAUUAUUUUUCUGUUUCAACGCGACUUAAAUUGCUCGAUGAUGCAUUUGUGUUAGCUGAAACUGGACGCAUCCCGUAUGCCAUACCAAUGAAAAUGUCGCUAUAUCUUAGAAAUGAGACAAAAGUUGUACCAUUUAUUACCUUUCUGACUCGAUUCGAAACUAUCCUAUAUCGUGUGCAUCGUCAUUCAAGUGCAUCACUUUUCAAUAAAUACAUGCAGUUUCUUAUGGAGCCAUCGUUUGAUCGAAUCAUUAAGGCUGAAACUGACUCAAAUGUUCCACGCAAUAUGGAAUUUGAAUUUAUAAGAGAGCUGAUAUACUUAAAAAUGUGUGCCAGUGGACAUCAACAAUGUAUCCGGAUAUUCCGAUCACGUUUAAAGGAACUUUACAAAAACUGCUCACAGGAAAUACUUAGCAAUCCUUGCAACAGCUUAGAAGCAAGCCUACGUAAUAUUGCCUAUAUGGUAGCAUCCAAAUAUGGCAAUCAAGCAGAACUGACAUUUAUGAUCAACAAGUUUCAUACAGAAGAAUAUCACGUUGAACGUGAUAGGAUUUUUUCCGCACUUGCCAGCAGCUCUAAUCGUUCUUAUAUUGAAGUGUUGGUAAAAGAAGUAUUAAUCAAAAAAGAGAAAGAUACUGACUUUCGACCUAAAUUAUACGAACUCUCAAGGAAAAAUUACGAUAAUGGUGCGGUUGAACAAUAUUUAUUCAAUAAUUUUGCUGAACUUCUCAAGAGACACGAAAAGUAUGGACCCUUCUUCAUGCUUCAAAUGGCAAGAGGGUAUGGGACGAACGAAGACUUGCAAAAGGUUAAAUUUCGCUAA